UAUUUUGUCAACAAAACCAUUUGAGUCGGCACUAAAUGUCCAUUCUGCUGCAACAUUACAUCGUCGUUGGACGCUGGGUAUUUUAUUCAACCGUGUUAAAAAUCUGAAAUAGCACGUGGUUGUUAUCGAAAUGAGUGGCUCAGUUUUAAGAAAAGGAGUUCUUCUAGGAUUGGGAAAUCCUCUACUUGAUAUAUCUGCUAAUGUUGACCAUAGUUUCUUAGAAAAGUACGGUCUAAAACAGAAUGAUGCUAUACUGGCUACAGAAAAACACAUUCCAAUGUACAAAGAAAUGGUAGAAAAUUACGAAGUUGACUACACUGCUGGCGGUGCUUGUCAAAACACAAUGCGAGUUGCACAGUGGAUGGUAAAAGAAAAAAAUAUGUUUGCUUUUAUGGGCUGCAUAGGAAAAGACAAAUUUGGAGAAAUUUUAGAAUCCAAAGCUAAAGAAGCAGGUGUUUUAGUUUCAUAUCAGUAUCAUGAGACAUUACCUACUGGUACAUGUGCAGUUGCCAUUACAGAUCAAGGAGCAAACAGAUCUUUAUGUGCCUAUUUAUCAGCUGCUAACUGCUUUAGCAAAGAACAUUUGGAUUUGCCUGCUAAUAAAACUAUAAUAGAGGAGGCACAACACUUUUAUAUUACAAGCUUCUUCUUGACUGUCAGUCCUCCAUCUAUUAUGCAUGUAGCAGAACAUGCUUGUGAAAAGAACAAAACAUUUUGCAUGAAUCUUAGUGCACCAUUUCUAUGCCAAAUCUUCAAAGAGCCAAUGAUGCAGGCCAUGCCUUAUGUAGAUAUAUUAUUUGGCAAUGAACAAGAAGCUGCUGCAUUCUCCCAAGAGCAGGAAUUUGGGACGGACAAUGUUGAAGAGAUAGCAUUGAAAAUCAGUGAAUUACCUAAGAAGAAUAAACAGAAGUCUAGAGUUGUAAUAAUUACUCAAGGAGAAAAUCCUGUAGUUUUGGUCAAAGGUAAGGAGAUUACUUACUGCCUGAUUGUGGCAAAAGAUGGAACAAUAACAAAAUACCCAGCUAUUUCUGUAAAACCAGAGGAGAUAGUCGAUACUAAUGGUGCUGGAGAUGCUUUUGUUGGAGGUUUUCUAGCACAGUAUGUUCAUGAGAAUCCAUUAGAUGAGUGCAUAAAAGCGGGUAUCUAUGCAGCUACUGAAGUAAUUAAGAAAUCUGGAUGCACUUUACCAGAAAAGCCAAACUUUGUUUUGUAGCAUUUAUACAUACUUAUUCCAUACCAAUAUGAGAUUAAAAUUUCUCAGCUAGACCAAUUAAUUUUUUAAUAAAACAUUUAAUCAUUAUAUAAA